AUGUGCUCCCGCCAGGAGAAGGACCAGUGCCACCGGCAGCAGCGCCAGAGCAGCGGUGGCUGCCACAGCUCCAGUGGGGGCGGCUGCCACAGCUCAGGGGGUGGCGGCUGUCACAGCUCCGGUGGCAGCUCUGGGGGCUGCCACAGCUCCGGUGGUGGUGGCUGCCACAGCUCUGGUGGUGGCGGCUGUCACAGCUCGGGCGGUGGUGGCUGUCACAGCUCCGGUGGCUCCGGCUGCCACGGGAAGCCGCAGAUGCAGGUCCAGCAGCAGCAGCAGCAGCAGGUGCCGCAGAUGCCCCAGCAGAAGAUGAAGUGA